CAAAUUCUCUUCUCAAAAUAUUGUGUCCCAUCUUUAAUCUCUCCCAAGUUCAGAUCAACACCAUGGAUUUCCUUUCACAACCAACAAUUAUAGUGGUGGCUAUAACUUUAGUGCUUCUCUACAAUAUAUGGAGAAUGAAAAAAACUAGUCAGAAAGUCAAAUCACUUCAAGCACCAGAACCAUCAGGUGCCUUGCCUUUAAUAGGUCACCUUCACCUACUAGGAGGCCAAAUACCCCUUGCAAGAACCUUUGCUGCUUUGGCUGAUAAAUAUGGACCCAUCUUCCAAAUCCGUGUAGGAGCAUACCCUGCCCUUGUGGUUUGCAACCAAGAGGCAAUAAAAGAGUGCUUCACCACAAAUGACAAAGUUUUAGCCUCACGCCCAAAAUCUAGCCAUGGAGUUCACCUUGGUUAUAACUAUGCAGGAUUUGGAUUUGCUCCUUAUGGCACAUAUUGGACCAAGCUAAGAAAGCUAACCAUGCUUGAACUACUCUCUGCUCGCCGCCUCGAAUCAUUGAGGCAUGUUUAUGAAUCAGAGAUCGAUACUUUGAUCAAUGAUCUAUCGUUGUAUGUUGAGGGCAACACCUCGGUUGUGAUAAGUGAAUGGUUGGAACGCUUUACCUUCAACUUAAUCACAAAGAUGAUUGCAGGGAAAAGGUAUUUCAGCUAUUUGCAAGAUGUGGAUGAUGUAGAAGCACAUGGUAUUGUGAAACUUAUAAAAGAAUUCAUGCAUAUAUCUGGCGAGUUUGUUCCCUCAGAUUUGAUUCCAGUUCUUGGAUGGUUUGGUAUGCACGGCCAAGUGCUUAAAUCCAUGAAACGAAUUGCAAAAGAUUUGGACACCCUUGUUGGAAGCUGGGUAGAAGAGCAUAAGGAGAAGGGUGAUAUCGUGAAUAAUUCAAGUGAGAAACAUGAUUUCAUUGAUGUCAUGCUGUCUGUUAUUGAAGAUGAUCCUGCCUCUGGUCAUACCCGUGACGCUAUCAUCAAGGCAAAUAUUAUGAAUCUUAUGUUAGCGGGAUCAGACACUACAUCCACGACAAUGACAUGGAUCCUAGCCAUAUUGCUAAAUAACACACAUGCUUUGGAGCGUGCACAAAAGGAGAUUGACCAUCACGUGGGUAGGGACAGAAGGGUGGAAGCAUCUGAUAUUAAAAACCUAGUUUAUUUGCAAGCCAUUGUCAAGGAAACUUUAAGAUUAUACCCACCUGGGCCUCUAUUGGUACCCCACGAAGCAAGAGAAGAUUGCUAUAUUCAAGGCUAUUAUACACCUAAAGGGACCCGUGUGUUUGCCAAUGUGUGGAAACUACAUAGAGAUCCAAGUAUUUGGUCAGAGGCUGAGAAAUUUUUACCAGAGAGGUUUAUCAACAGAAAUGGUGAACUUGAUGAAAGUCACAAUUUUGAGUAUCUCCCUUUUGGAUCAGGGAGAAGAGCUUGCCCUGGAUCAACGUUUGCCACACAAGUGAGUCUCAUGACACUUGCUCGUUUGCUUCAAGGAUUUGAUCUACACACGCCAAUGGAUGAACCUGUUGAUAUGAGAGAAGGCUUGGGCAUAACCUUGCCCAAAUUAACUCCGUUACAAGUUCAUCUGACCCCACGACUACGCUGAAAACUCUAUCACUGAUACAUAGAUUAUUUUGUUUAUUCUUCUUCUUGUUUGUGCGUGUGAUAUA